UGGCAGGGGGAGCGGGGGGGGCGGGGUUGGAUAUAUACCUGCGAGAGGAGGCCACGAGCUACACAGAGACUGGACCCACUUGCAGUGCAAAGACCACAAGCAAGAAGACUCCGAAGCCGGGAGUAGAAGUACCAACACAUUCAUCCUGGAGCUUAGAGAGAAGAGACGAGCAGCGUUUUUUGCUUUCACGCGGACCGUCAACUGGAGCUCCGACACAACCAAUUUGUCACUCCGCUAUACGCCAGCUUCUCUGGAUAUAGCAGCUAAACAAAGUUGGUAGUAAACUCUUUGGAGUUUGGUUAGAGUCGCUUUCAUAUUUCUUUGCUUGUGAGAGUGGACUGCACUGAAACUUGGGUUCGACCCGGCCGGGUCGCGCUGGGACCUGGCACCCCGUCCGACGCCGAGAAAGUUUUGAGCAGAAGUCAGUCUGAAGACUUCGAACCAGUGACAACUGGCGAGACAUCUAAGACACAGCUUUAAGCUCUUUCUAAUACAGAGAUGCUAGAGUGUUUGAUGCACUAAAACCUGCAAAUUAAAAUUCUUCAGGAGGUUUGCACAGAUCAGUCAAAAGCUCUUGAAGAUACUUAGGAACAAGCGGCAAAAGAAGUCUUCAACAACCUAAUUAAACGAGCAAUUGCAGAAAGAACAGCAAAAGCAUCCUCUACUUAAGCCGACCCCAUGGCGUGGUCAGCUCCUUCGGGCCCCUGUGUGGCCGUGAUCUUGCUCUUCUUUGGUUUGGCCUCCUGCACUCCAUCCGGCCCUGCCUCCACCACCUGUGCUACACUGGAACAAAGCCGCUUCUUUGGUGUAUUCUCCUCUACAACCACCUUGCCUGCCACUCCGUGCUCCUGGACUCUGCAGAAUCCCGACCCACGCCGCUACACCGUUUACAUGAAGAUCACUAAACCCACUGAAUCCUGCAUGCCCCGCCAAAUCAAGACCUUCCAGUUUGACUCCUUCAUCGAGACUUCACGUACCUACCUGGGAAUGGAGAGUUUCGAUGAGGUGGUGCGCCUGUGCGACGCUUCUACCACGGUCACUUAUCUGGAGUCCACCAAGCAGUUCCUGCAGAUCCGUAAAGUAGCCCCAAGAAAUGGCCUGGAGAUCCCAGAGGGAAACGCUGAAGUCAGUGAGUUCAAAGCCGAGUUCCUAGUCGUGGGAAAGAGGAACCCAAGCAUGCCUGCCUGCCAGAUGUUGUGCCAGUGGCUGGCGAAAUGCCUGUCUAGCAGCACCCACGAUUAUCCCUGUGGAAUCAUGAACACCCCAUGUCAGUGCUGGGAGACACCAAAGAGGAAGCCAGGAAGCUGCUACAGGGGUGGGGUCUACGUUGAGAAAUGCCUUCCUGUCCCAAGAGACAAUGGGCGUGAUGCUGAGAUAAUCAAGGGAUGGGCUGGUUGGGGCCGCUGGUCAGAAUGCAGCCAGGAAUGUGGCGGUGGAGUCCAGGUGCGCAGCCGAACUUGCCAGCCAGACGACAGUGCAUGUGAGGGCACAGUCGAAGAGGGGCGGGCUUGCAACCCUCAGGCCUGCAUUGGCAAAGUGCGCAACAGGAGCCAAGGCCUGCGUUCCAUUAUUGGCCUGAAGCGAGACGGCACUGAUGAUUCUAAUCAUGGAAUUGUUGCAACCCAGACAGAUGCUGUAACAGACGAGUGGUCCCCCUGGAGCACAUGUUCCGUCACCUGUGGGGAGGGCUGGCAGAGCCGCUCGCGCAUCUGUGCAACUUCAGCGUACACUACCCAGUGCACCGGACCCCUCCGUGAGAACCGGCCCUGCAACAAUACGAUGGCAUGCCCAGUGGAUGGUGCUUGGGAUGAAUGGGCCCCCUGGAGCCUCUGCUCCUCCACAUGUGGCCGUGGUUACCGUGAGCGAACCCGCAAAUGCAAGCAGCCCCAGAAUGGAGGUGAACAAUGCGACGGACCUUCCAAGCAAACCAAGUUCUGCACCAUUGCUGUAUGCCCAGUGGAUGGAUCCUGGAAUGAAUGGUCCGCCUGGACUGCGUGCUCUACUUCUUGCUCCAAUGGUACCAAGCAGAGGACCCGUGAGUGCAACGGUCCAUCUUACGGCGGCUCUGAGUGCCAUGGCAACUGGGAAGAGACGGUCAGCUGCUUCCUGAAAGAGUGUCCUGUCGAUGGACGCUGGCAUGCGUGGAGCUCAUGGGGCAGCUGCAGUAAGACUUGUGGUGGAGGCAUCCAGCAGAGACAGAGAGUUUGUGAAGGACCUUUCUUUGGUGGAGAAUCUUGCCCUGGGGAGAGGGAGGAGCAAAAGCGUUGCAAUGAGAGGAGAUGUCCAGAGCCCCAUGAAAUCUGCCCUGAGGAGAACACUGGCGAUGCAGUGUGGAAGAAAACGCCUGCUGGAGAUGUUGCUGCCUUUUCCUGCCCCGCUGAUGCCUCAGGUCUGAUCCUGCGCCGUUGCACCCUCGAUGCUGUAGGCCUCGCCUUCUGGGAGAACCCAACUCAUAUCAAGUGUGUCUCCAAGACCUAUGACAAUAUUCAGACCUUGUCAAGGGACUACGUGACCAAGGCUCAGGAGGGCCAGAGUGUGGACGGGAUCGCUGAGGUGAUUUCACGCCUUAGAUUCUCCUCAGAUGAUGGCGCCAAGUACAGCGGGGACAUCUUGGCCACCAUGGAAAUCCUAAAAAACACAACUGAAUUGUUCAAGGCGACUAGGCUGAGACUGAGCAGCGCUGAUGUUGAGAACUACGUCCAGACCAUCAGCAACUUACUGAAGGAGGAACAUCGUGACAAAUGGCAAGAAGCACAGCUGAUGGGUGCCAACAUUAAGGAGUUCCUCGGCCUUGUGGAGGACUUUGUGAACAUGAUCGGCAUGCAAAUGAGCGGCUUUCAGGACAUUUAUGAAGUCACGGAGAAUUUAGUGAUGAGCAUCCACAAACGUCCAACCACCACCAGCUCCAACUUCACCUUCCCCUUGAAGGGCUGGAGGGGAAUGUUGGACUGGGUCAGGACUUCUGAAGAGAAGAUUUCGGUGGUCCGUGAUGCACUAUCCAUCGAGCAGGCUGGUGGAAAUGAUGCUUUUGUGACUGGCAUUGUCCUCUAUAGGAACCUUGCUUCAAUUAUGUCCUUUCAAAGCAACACCACCCUGCUCAACUCCAAGGUGGUGACUGUGAUCGUCAAACCCACCCCAACUCUUCUGUCAUCCCCCGUCGAGAUCGAGUUCCCCCACCUCCAUAAUGGCACCGUGAAUGAGACAUGUCUUUCAUGGGAUGAGAGCGAAACUUCGUCUCUGCUCGGGUCUUGGUCGGCUCGGAGCUGCAGAGCGGUGCCCGUUCAUUCAUUCAGGACCAAAUGCGUGUGUGACAGCCUCUCCACCUUCGCCAUUUUAGCGCGUAUCAACUUCGACUCGAUCAUGGACAAGCCGUUGCUUCCAUCCGUGACUCUCAUUGUUGGCUGUGGAGUCUCCUCUCUCACCCUGCUGCUCCUGAUCAUCAUUUACGUAUCUGUGUGGAAGUACAUUCGCUCCGAGCGCUCGGUCAUCCUCAUCAACUUCUGCCUCUCGAUUAUCUGCUCCAAUGCACUCAUUCUCAUUGGACAGACUCAGGCUCGCAACAAGGUGGUGUGCACGCUUGUGGCUGCUUUCCUGCAUUUCUUUUUCCUCUCAUCUUUCUGCUGGGUGCUGACUGAAGCUUGGCAGUCCUACAUGGCUGUCACAGGUCGUCUGCGCAACCGCAUAAUCCGCAAGCGCUUCUUGUGCUUAGGCUGGGGACUUCCUGCGUUGGUGGUGGCCGUGUCAGUGGGUUUCACCAAAGCUAAGGGAUAUGGCACUGUCAACUACUGCUGGUUGUCUCUUGAGGGUGGGCUCCUCUACUCCUUUGUUGGUCCUGCUGCAGCUGUUGUCCUGGUGAAUAUGGUUAUUGGUAUUCUGGUCUUCAACAAGUUGGUAUCCAAGGACGGCAUCACUGAUGUGAAGCUGAAGGAGCGAGCAGGCGCUUCCCUGUGGAGCUCCUGUGUGGUUCUGCCCCUUCUGGCCCUCACCUGGAUGUCCGCUGUCCUCGCCAUCACAGACCGCCGAUCUGCCCUCUUCCAGAUUCUCUUCGCUGUCUUUGAUUCUCUGGAGGGUUUCAUCAUCGUGAUGGUCCACUGCAUCCUCCGUAGAGAGGUUCAAGAGGCUGUAAAGUGCAGAGUGGUCGACCGCAAGGAUGAUGGCAAUGGAGAUUCUGGCAGUUCCCAUCACAAUGGCCACACCCAGAUGCAGUCUGAUAAUGAAAAGGAUGGAGAUUCAAACAGACAAGGAACGAAGAGCUCCUCUGAAGAGAAGAUGCCUCCUCCUCAGAUGCCCCUUCCCAUGGGCUCAAACUUUCACACCCUACCAUCUAACCCCAGUAAGAGUCACAUGCAGGCAGUUCCAGAAUACUCCAGCCACACACUGACCCUGAAGAGGGAGAAAAGUCGGCUGGCAGGAGGAGUUGACCCGUCCUGUGGCAAACCUGUCUACGUCUGCGAAGGAGAGCUCUUCAAACAGCUGGAUGCCGACCUCGCCCUGGUUCAGGCUGAAGGUGGCGUCUCUGACAGCAGCGGGUACGUCCUCAUGCCCAACACCACCUCCACCCUGAGGUCCAAACCCAAAGAUGACUCAUCAAAAUACAACAUCAGCGUGGAGCAGCUGCCACAAGCCAGGUUGAUGCACCUCGGAGGGCCCUUUGCCGAACCCCAGGCUGCCUUUGGAAUAAAAUCACUGCCCCCUGACCAAGUCAGCAUGUCAUACUCAGAGAGGGACUCGCCUAUCCAGAACAUCCACAACAUGUCCAGUGAGUCUCACAUCACCCACAGCAGCCUGGAGAACACCUUUGAGUCCAUGAACUCCAUGAUGUCCAAGAGUGAAACGAUCUCCACGUUGUCCAUGAGCUCUUUGGAGAGGCAGAAAUCUCGCUACGCCGAGUUGGACUUUGAGAAAAUCAUGCACACAAAGAAGCGCCACCAGAACAUGUUUCAGGACCUCAACAGAAAAUUACAUCAUGCCGAGAAAGACAGAGAGUCGCCUGCGUCUGACACCAAGUCUGUGAGAUGGAGUGUGUCUUCAGGAGGAAGUGACAAAACAAACCACAGCGACAAACAGCAGGCUCCUCUGGAGAGGCCGUGGGAGGGAGUCCGGGGCAUCCCGCAGUCUCCACCUGCGUGGGUCCGCAAAGACCUGGAGCCCCUGGCCGCUUCACCUCUGGAGCUUCACUCUGUGGAGUGGGAGAAGACAAGUACCACUAUCCCUCUGGUGGGGCAGGACAUCAUCGACCUGCAGACGGAGGUCUGAGCAGGGGGGCUCGAGAAGCCGCCUGAUUUCACCUCGUUCACCUUUUUGGUUUUGAGAAAGGAAUCCUACAUGGAUAGAAUAGAGGAAACCAAGGAGGGAGGAAGUAGGUCCCACAAUCAAUGUCUUCAAACCCUCAGCCAGAGCAGGAGGAAAGGAGAGAAGGAGGGAUGGGAGGAGUCAAGGUGGUAAGGUUGAGAUAUUUAAUGUAGCUUCUCUGUGUGGACUUAAACGUCAGAGUGCUCUGAAGGUCAAAGGCUGAGUGAAGCGGUUUCCAUAACCGGGACUGGCUGUGGUUCCAUUAAUGCUUCACUUGGAGGUUCCUGAACCCUCCCGUCAGGGUUUCAGAAGACGUGGUCAACAUGUCAGUGCUUCUUUUUUUCUUCAAGUCACCUUGGAAAAAAAAAAAUGAAAACUGUAUCCUCCCUUUCAUCUUGGGAGGAACUACUACUACAAGUAGACUACUACUUGUGGAACUACUUUUGUUUUUUUUUUCGAGCCAGGAAAACUUCCAACGACGCACAAGGCAAGAUAGCGUACAGGAGCGGUUUAACGGAGUCGAACACUCUGCACUUUGCUGGAUGUGCACACACGUGCUGUUUCUGUGAUGUGGGUCAGUGGAGGGUUUGCGUGGUUGUUUGUACGGCUACACCUCUGGAAGUGUUUCAGACUAGCUAAAGAGUAAAACUUUGACAAGGUGGGAUCAUGCUGUAUAUUGUGAUUCUUACUUGUUAUCAUUUUUAUUCUUAUUUUAGUUAUUGUUACUGUUUUCAUUAAUAUUACCUGAAUAUCUUUACAUUUUAGUUUGUUCUCCCCCCCAACUGUCAGGUGCUAAUUUUAGUUGUUUUGUGCUGUGAUCUGCAAAAUUAAGCUCCCACAAAGAAAACAACAACAACAAUAAAGAUGUGUAAUGCGUUGUGUCCCCAUAUGGACUGCAAUGGGACAAACAUAGCGGGUGGUGAGCGGAGUGCCGGCGGCUAGUUACCCAACAUGCCCUGGUGUCUGCAGCUCUCUGCUUUGAUACCAAACCACCAGCAUGAGGACAGACACGGACUCUCACACAGGUAGAGCAAUGCGCUCUGGGAAAUGCUGGGCGGACUCGUGAGGUCGGGAUAAGGAGACGACGCGGUCUCACCAGCUCCCUCGGCUGGAAAAAGAUGCAGGCUCUUCCAUGUCGUACAUGCGGAUUUAAGGGUCAGCGGGGGUCCUUUCAACAUAGGCCUUUUGUUUCUCAGCUUUGCAGGACUCAUGAAGCGAGCUGAGGCUCCCAGCGCCGACGUGACUUCCACGGGUCCUCGAGACUUCAACACAUUUGUGUUUUCAGCCAUCAGUGUGAAAUAGUGCAAUAUGAUGGGUGCUUGAUGCUCAAGCAAGACUGAUAUUAAGAUUUAGGUGGGGGUUUUUUCUUACCGAUGUUUCCAAACUUUUAUACCAUCUUCCUCAUAUUUACAGAGAAUAUAGAUGCUUUAUGAGAAUAUUGUAUAACAAAUCUGUAUUAGUAAUUCAAGGAAUUUAUUCACUAGAGAUUUGUUAGCACAAGACUUCGUGUUUGGAGUCCUCUGUGGCACUUAGAUAAAUGUUCUUCUAUAAAGCGAGUAUUAUAUAGUAUGAAUGAUAGCAUAUGAAUAUAAAGUGUGCUGCAGGAUAUUUGUCUUUACUCCACGCUGUAGCGACGAGUAACUGAAUCUCAUGUCUUCUGUAACAGUGUUUUGAUAACCUUGUUGUCAGUAAGUCAACAGUACCAGCCAUUGUUCCCGUCCUUUAUGACAUCAUGCUGUCAAACCACCCCCCCAACCCCAAAACAGUCCAGUUCAUACAGUACCUCAACUUACUUGUACUGAAAAACCAUUUGCAUUUUCUUGUCACUGAUUUGUUUUGUAUGUUCUGUUUUACCUUCUGCAAAUGUAGUUUUCACAGCACAACAUGAAUGUGACAAUUUCUAAUAAAACAUAUCUAUAUUACA